GGGAAAUAUAACAAAAAGAUGUCGUCGUCGUAUUCCAACUAUACAAACUCACCGUGCGCGGCAUGCAAGUUCCUCCGGCGGAAGUGCACUUCAGACUGCGUAUUCGCACCGUAUUUUCCGCCAGAGGAACCUAAAAAGUUUGCGAACGUCCACCGGAUAUUCGGGGCAAGCAACGUCAGCAAGAUCCUCCAGGAGGUGGAGCCACAUCAACGAGAAGAUGCAGUAAACUCGCUUGCUUACGAGGCGGAAGCAAGGCUAAGAGAUCCAGUUUAUGGUUGCGUUGGGGCCAUCUCAGUGCUCCAAAGACAGGUCUUGGGGCUGCAAAGCGAACUAGAGGAGACUAAUGCUGAUAUCAUGAGGUAUGCUAGUUGCCUUGGUGGUGAAACGACUUCGGUUUAUGGAGCCCGGAGAGGUUGACUGGUCACCGGGAAAUCUUGGAAUAUAUAUGUUGACGAGAACAUCCAUGCAUGUAUAUGUAUGUGUAUGUUUAUUUAUGAUAUGCAUGCGUAUGUGUAAUUUAAAUUGUAUUUUCUUUUACAUGGAGGUCAAAGGAUAUUUGUGAAUAUGUCAAACAUUCAAAUAUAGUAACUGAUGUAUGUGGUUGUCUUCGCUUAA